AAAGUGUUGAACUGGAAGGGGGGAAAUAAGAGAAGCUUUCUCUUCUCUACAGCGCCAUUUCUCAGCUCUUUCAUUUCUUUCUCCGGCGGUGAAUCGCACUCAUAGCUUGUAAUGGCGACGAUUCGGAUGAUAGACAUAGCCGUGAACUUAACAGAUAGCAUGUUUAAAGGAAUCUAUAAUGGAAAACAACAGCAUAUAGCAGAUAUAUCCACUGUAUUAAGUAGAGCUUGGAGUGCUGGCGUCGAUCGUAUUAUCGUUACAGGUGGUUCACUUAAGGAAUCAAAGGAAGCUCUUGCCAUUGCAGAAACAGAUGCAAGACUUUUCUGCACAGUUGGUGUGCACCCAACAAGAUGCAAUGAAUUUGAUGAGAGUGGAGAUCCAGAAACGCAUUUUCAGGCUCUCUUGUCAUUAGCUAAAGAGGGAAUGGAUAAAGGAAAGGUGGUAGCAAUUGGUGAAUGCGGGUUGGACUAUGACAGGCUACAGUUUUGUCCAGCUGAUGUGCAGAAAAAGUAUUUCGAAAAGCAGUUUGAAUUAGCACACAUGAUGAAGCUUCCAAUGUUUCUGCAUAUGCGUGCUGCAUCCGAAGAUUUCUGUGACAUUCUUCAGCGAAAUGAGGACAGGUUCACUGGCGGAGUUGCACAUUCCUUUACUGGUAGUGCAGAAGAUCGUGAUAGACUGCUGUCAUUCAGUAAUCUCUAUAUUGGUUUAAAUGGUUGCUCCUUGAAGACUUCUGAGAAUCUCGAUGUGGUGAAGGACAUACCUGUUGAAAGACUGAUGAUUGAGACAGAUUCUCCAUAUUGUGAAAUUAAGAACACUCAUGCUGGUAGUAAGCUAGUUAAAUCUUCAUGGCCUUCUAAGAAGAAAGAAAAGUAUGAUCAAGAUUCCAUUGUUAAAGGUCGCAAUGAACCUUGUUUGGUCCGACAAGUUCUUGAAGUAGUUGCUGGCUGUAAAAGUAUUUCCGACGUUGAUUCUCUAAGCAAGACAAUAUAUCACAACACUUGCAGGGUUUUCUUUCCUCAUGACCUAGAUUCUGCAGCCGAUGCCCUUCUAGACGGUGGCCAGGCUACCUCCAACUGAAGGUAUUAUGCGAUUUCUCGACAUUUUGUACGAUAAAACUGGAUAACAAAUUUGAAGUGGCAACAGCCUUCUUGAAUGAUUUUUUUUUAUAUUUUAUCAAAUAACAUGCCAAAAGUAUUUAAAGAAGUA